GCAGCCAUCAGACAAAAAAAUCAAACCAGAGCUCCAGGUUCAUUGCAUUUGCAGCUUUACACUUGUGCAGUGGAUGUGUUGAAGGAUAAGGCAAGAGAGUACAAGAGUGGUAGAGAGACAAAACAUCUGUGCAAAUAUGUUUACCCUCGGUGUGAUGGUGAUGUUGACUUUAGUGGAGAUAAGAGGCUCUGUUGGUCACAUUUCGGAGCCUGAUGUCUCCUUUCCCCCAGCCAGGCCCUCUCUGGCCAACCUGCAUGCUCUCUGCACACAGGGGAGCGGUCGCCCCCGCUUCACAAGCAGUGUCUUCGCGAAGUCGGUACCGGGCUACCAACGUCGCCGUGGCUCCGCAGUGAACCGUGUGGAGGCCUGGUACAGCAUGUGCUGUGCACCGGGGCAAGCCCAAGAGCAGGCAUUGUGCUGUGCCACGCAGGCGUGGGAGUAUGCACUCAACGUGUUCUGCAAUGAUGAGUAUGGGGUGAAGGACAUGCCCCAUAAGUGCUGUGAGCAGUGGGAAGAGAGCAGACUGACCUGUUUCCAGAGUGAGGCCCCCAAUCCUGCUUACCUGCCCACACCUGGCUACACAGCCCCCAGCAUUGCAGUGAACCUCAGAUUCAGCUGGGACCCCAGUACCUGCUAGGGGUGAGAGUGUUCCCAGUGGCAGCUUUAAAAAUAAGAGUCGAGAAAGCAGAACCUUAUCUUGGGCUGGGUCCAUCUAUAAGAAAAAUUAUAAUCCAAAUUAUAAUCAAGAAUCUCUACUUAUUCAUACUUCCAAUAAAUAAUAUACCUGAUUAUGUAUUGCCAUUUAUACUUGUUCCACAUUUUUAAAUAGGUUGAAUCAUUUUGAGAGAAAUUCCUCCAUCUCUAUCAAGCUGUAAACCUAUUUCAGUAAUAAUUGUGGCAUUAUCAUCCAUUCUAAAUAAAUAUCUACAGUAAAUCAA